UCCAAGCCCCGCCCCCUCCCAGGAGUGAGUUGAGAGUCGGAGACCCUGCAGACACGCACAGAGUCUGAGGAGGGUUUUCUUCACAGUAAUGUGGCCGUGUCUCCACUAACGGGACAAGUUUCAACCUCUCGGAUACCUUCGGCCUCUCUCUGCCCGCUUCUCGCCUCCAUGUGAACAUCCCGACCCGGACCCGGCUGCUCACUGGUGCUGAAAGGAUGACGGUGAAGAUGAUGGGAGGAGGCCGCAGCCGACGGUGCAGACCUCGCUAGGAGUCGCUCAGUGUCCACCAUCUCACCCAUCCACCACCACCACCACCACCACCAUCAUCCACGUCUGCUGUCCAACCCUUCCCAGCACCAUGGCCAACCACCUGGAGCUGAUACAAGAGCUGCAGCAGCUGGACAAGGUGCCCAGUCUGGAGAGGCUGCGGGCGGCUCAGAAGCGCCGGACGCAGCAGCUGAAGAGGUGGGCUGUGUAUGAGAAGGAGAUGCAGAACAAGAAGCGGAAGGCGGACAAGAAGGGACGACUUGUUAACAGCCUGCAGGAGUCCAGGAGGCGCGUGUCGUUUGCUGCCAGCGUGGCACUGCUGGAAGCAUCAGCCAGAAAUGACCCUGAUGAAGUUCGUUACCUGCUGAGAAAUAAUGUGAGUCCAGACCUUUGCAACGAAGACGGUCUCACCGCUCUGCAUCAGUGUUGUAUAGACAACUACGAGGAGAUGGUGAAGAUUCUACUGGACCGAGGCGCUAACGUUAACGCUCAGGACAAUGAGCUCUGGACGCCGCUGCACGCCGCUGCCACCUGUGGCCACGCAGGACUCGUCAAGAUACUCAUUUCACAUGGUGCGGAUCUGCUGGCCGUUAACUCCGAUGGGAACAUGCCCUAUGACCUGUGCGAGGACGACCCCACGCUGGACAUCAUCGAGACGGCCAUGGCCAACAGAGGCAUCACCCAGGAGAUGAUCAACGAGACGCGGGCGUCCACAGAGAGGAGGAUGAUAGAAGACAUACAGGAGCUGCUGAGACGAGGAGAGGAAGUCAACCAGCAGGACUCGCAGGGAGCCACGCUGCUGCACAUCGCAGCAGCAAAUGGCUACGCGCAGGCUGCGGAGCUGCUGCUGGAGGGGGGAGCUCGCAUGGACCUCAGAGACUCGGACGGAUGGCAGCCUCUUCAUGCUGCGGCGUGCUGGGGUCAGAUGCAUGUGGCGGAGCUGCUGGCAUCACACGGAGCCAGUCUCAAUGCCAAGACCUUCCUGGAAGAGACGCCCAUAGAUUUGUGUGAGGAUGAGGAGUUCAGGACCAUCCUGCUGGACCUGAAGCAUAAACACGAAACAAUCAUGAAGUCCCAGCUGAAACACAAGACCUCGCUGUGCAGGCGGACGUCCAGCGCAGGCAGCCGUGGGAAAGUGGUGCGGAGAGCCAGUCUGUCCGACAGACACAACUUGUGUCGAAAAGAAUACGAGACCGAGGCCAGCGUGUGGAGGGGAGGAAGGGAGGAGGAAGAGGAGAAAGAGAAGGAGUCCGACCAGGAGAAUAAUCAGGUGAAACCGGUUGUAGCCGUGGAGCUGCCAGACAAGUCCAAGCUGCCCACCAUCCUCAAAGAUGGCAGCAGCAAACAGAACGGCCUCAUCACCACGACGGUGUCCACGCCCCCUCAGCCGCCCUCCAACGGCAGCGCGCCGUCGCCCAACAGGGGCGGGGUGGUCACCACGCAGCCCCCGCACCAGGAGGAGGAAGCGGCGCCCAGGGAGCGCGCUCAGACUCUGUCCGAGCUGAAGAAGCAGAGGGCCGCAGCCAAACUGCUGAGUCACCCCUUGUUCAACGGCCACCUCGGUAACGGAUCCACGGACUCUUUCUGCGAUGCCAAAGUCAGCUCCGACGACCCGCGCAUGCCGCUGGUCUCCUCCAACGGGAGCGCCGUCUUCUACACGCCGGCCAGCGGCGAGCCGCCCCUCCUCAGGUUCAAACAGCCUGCGGAGGAGGAGCAGCAGCCCAAGACGCGGACCUGCUGCUGCGUGUCGUAGUGUCUCAGUCACGUGACCGCUGAUGGAACAGGAAGGCCGAGCAGGAGGGGGGGUGGGGACAGAGGAGGAGGAAAUAAAGAGUUCUCCUGGCUCCAGCAUCCUGCUCCUCCUCCUACCGCCACGUUAAACUUUGUCCAGAGCAGCUGGGAGGACUAAAGGAAGUCUGAGAACUCCUGGUUAGCUCCACAUCUCCAGGGUGCACGAGUCCUGCUGCAGGAAGACAGCUUCCCCAAAACGCAGGCGUGUUCAACAUGUAGCAAACUGCAAGAAAAGGACCGUUGGUUCAGGUGACAGAUGAAGGUUAGGAGACAUGCCAAAUGAUCAAAGGUCGGAGCAGUUAUGGUGGAAAUGUUUUACUUUUUACAAAACAAAGUUUUAAGAUGUUAAGUAGAAAAAACGUCACAACAUGUUCUGCCCUCUGACAAUAUUUUUUUAAUCUCGCAGAUUUAUUAUUUUAAGUCAUUAAACAUUCCCUCCAGAACAAACCCUGUUGUGCUAAAAACAUUCUGCGUCUUCAACAUUUCCACACGAGCAGUGCCGUCAUGGCAGACAGGUCUGAAACACACUAUGUUGCAGCACAACAUAAAAGGAAGAGCAAAACGUAGCUUCAUGUCGUCUGUGACAUGUUUAAAAAAAAUAACUGCCAGGAAACAGUGUUAAAACUAACAGAGAAGUGUUUUUUUUUCUGUUGCAGUGGAUCAGAAAGUCAGCAGGAAAUUGUGAAAUACCUGAACUUGUGUUUGAAGCUCUCACUAAAUGAUGCCAGCUACACUUCACUGUCCUCUCUAAAUGAACCUGACCGUUCAUGCUCUGUAUUUUCUGUAAUCCACUUUAAUCCACUCCUAUAGAUCAUUUAAGCCAACACGGUUGGAUGUUGCUGGACGUUUUUUUUAAUUUUAUUUUUUUUAUUUAUGGAGAUUAAGGAAAUGUGUAAAAACAUUCUGGUUCAUAAAGUUGAGUGUAUUUAUUAGUUGGAUGGUGUGUGGAGAGUGUGAAUGCAGAUGAGAUAUGGUUUUCUGAGGGACUUCCUUUUUUAUUUUUUUUUCUAGCAAAGCACCUUCUGACAUGAAAUUUCAAGUGAAAAUUUUAAAAAGUAAAAUAUUGUCUGUGUACAUGUUUUGUUAAAUACAGGCCAUCCCAGGAUGGGUUCAUAUUUGUGUCACUACAAAUAACUGUUAUUUGUUUUUAUACGUUUGUUUUUUUGGUGGCCAUUGUGUGGCUUUAGCAUUUUCCAGUCACUGUAUUUGUAGUAUUAUUAGAAACUGUAAAUGUUACAUCAGAAUUUACUGUAAAUUUGUUUGAAAAUGUUCAAAUAUGCACACAAACUUA